ACGACUAUGGUGCCACCUUUCCUUGUUCAUGGAUGUGUGUGCACCUGCAGGCAGAAGGAGGAGAAAACGGACCUGACCUGUGGAUUCCUGUCUACAAACUGCUUUUGCAGGAAGCCCUAGAGCAGGAGCCAGAGCCAUCUGCUCGAAGCCUAGCGAAGUGGGUUGAGUGUUCCAUGCUGUCCCUCCAGAUUUUAGGCCCUUCCUAGACCAGCACUUCCCAGGUGACACUGUGGGACAGGGUUCUGGAGUUCUAUAGCGUGAGUUUGGGAGCAUCCCCCAUUACCCCACACCCCAGUUCCACCUAGGACAGGUGCCUGGAGCCGGCACCAAGCCAACUGUGGUGAUGCUCAUGUGCCCUGUCUGGAGUCCUGCGGGAGCCCUCUGCACUUUUUGCCUAAUGAUCACUGUAUAGUGAUUGACUGGGCCUAGUGUCUGGAGCCUUUGUCUGAGCUCCUUGCAUCCCUCCCUGGGGACCAUUGUCUGAGUUGGUGGUUGUUAAUCCGCAGCCUCUGAGAAGCUGCCUGGCAAAUGGGAGGUUAAUGUGCAAACAGCAGGGAGCGUUGUCAGUGUGUGGGGUUGGACGGCAAGUAGGAGGGAAAUAGUUAAAAAUCCUAUUCAAGGCCCGGAGGGGAGGAGGGGUGGGCGAGGGAGCAGGCUCAGCCUUGUGUUAAUCUUACUGGAAUGUAACCAGUUCGGGCAGUUUCUGGCUUUGGUAUUGCCCUGUUGCUCAGGGGCCCAGUGUCUGGUCUCUGCCUCCUAAGCUUCCCAAAGGCUGAAGUCCUGGGGUCCCUUCUAUCUUGACCGUCUCUAGCAUCUUAAAGGAGCCCGACCAGAACAUCAGGAGGCUGCUAAAACCCGGAGAACCUCACAGCCCGCACCACAGAGGAAGCUCGGGGAGGCGGUUGUAUGGAGGAAUCGGAGGGGCAAGCAGAGAGAAUGUUUAGAGAAAAAGCCCCCAAACCUGUUUGGUCAGGCUUGUAUAACUGCCUGGAGGUCUGGGAAUGCAUGCCUAGGGGAAAGAGCUGCUCCUGGACACUAACAGCUAACAGUGCAGCCUGUGUGCGUUGCUGGAUAAGGGGGAGUCAGGGCGGGCGGGGGUCAGCUCACAAGUGGUGGUUUACUGCUUGACCGAGAGUGUGUUCAUGUCUGCUGCAAUUCACUGUUGAACUCUAAAACAGUCUUGUGUUGGUCUGGGCUGUGCCUCAUAAUAUCUGCAUAUUAAAAAUCCAUCCAGCUGGACACAGGAUUGGUGCACUUCCUCAUAUAGCCGUUGAGUCUUUGUUGGGGACGUUUAAGAAGUAAAUUUUAGGUUGAGUCAAUCGCUCUGUAAGUUCAAGUAUUGGUGUCAUUAGAAGGACCUGAGUUCAAGUCCCAGAGCACAUGCUGAAGAGCCUGGAGAUAGUGGGUGAGAACCCUCAGAUCUCAGCACCCAGGUAAAACACAUGGGGUCCGGAGUGGGCAGAGACGGGAUUGCUGAAGCUUGCUGGCUGAGAGUAACGCAAGUCUCAGGGAGGGACUCUUUUUCAAAGCCAUAAAGUACAGUGACAGAACAGGACACCCUCUGGUGCCAGCUGCAUGCUGUCCCUAUCAUCUGAGAACUAGGGAAGGAGAGACAGAUGCAUCCCUGGGGCUCACUUCCAAGUAGCCUAGCCUGCUGGGUGAGCCCCAGUCAAGUGAGAGACCCUGUCUCAGGGGACUGGAGAGCCGGCCCAGCAGUUAAAAGCAUCUGCUGCUCUUGCAAAGGAGGCCGCUUCUGUUCCAAGCACCCAUAUCAGGCAGCUUAAAAACUUUCUGUAACUCCAGUUCCUGGGGAUACAAUGCCCUCUUCUGGCUCCUGUAGGCACCAGGCAGUAAAUAUAAAUAAACAAACCCAAGGUAGGCAAUGCCUGAAAAAUGACACCUGAAAUUGACCUUGCUCCCAAUGUAGGUAGGUACACACACAUAAUUGAAGGGAUUGUGGGGGGGGGGAGAGAGAGAGAGAGAGAGAGAGAGAGAGAGAGAGAGAGAGAGAGAGAGAGAGAGAGAGGUAGGUAGGUGGUGGGCAGGUCUCUGUAAGUCCUCCUAGCCUCAUGCCUUUUCUGGCCAGCCCAGCAGCAGGGAAUGGGGGUACAAGGCCACCAUGAGUGUAGGCGUCCAAGUGGCCACUCUGCUAUUGGGAAACGGAAGGAAAUUGCGUGGCAGCCAGACCCUGGGGCUUCCUCACUCCGGGCUACCAUUUUGCUCACAAAAGUGAAAGCAGUGAAGGUUGCAACUAUAGAAAGGUCUCUAAGUCCCCAUUCGGCAUAAGGCACCUUUCCAGAACACAGGGCCAUAAGGCCCCAUGGAGCUAUUGAGCUGAUCCGGAACCCCACCUAGCUUGUAUAUUCAUCAAGGGAGCCCAGAUCCAAAAGCUCAGGCUCUGCCCAGCCCUGACCCUGUGGGUCACCCUUCUGCGCCCCACCCCCCCCCACUCCACCCCUCCGGCCUGCCCAGCAGACAGGACUCUGGAUUCUGUCUCUGUUGGAACCCACCAGCCAUCCGGAGAGUCCAACGUACUGAAUUUCAUUUCUUUCCCGCUCUUGAGUUUUCCAUGAUUUGGGAUUUGCAAAUGAUUUUCCUCUGGGAAUUUUUUAGGCCAUCCCAUGUAGGUGGCAUCUGACAUUUAAAAUCCUGUCGGUACCAUAUCUAGCUGUGUGGCCUUUGAUAAAUUAAAAUGUCUGGAAUCGGGCUGGUGAGAUGGCUCAGUGGGUAAGAGCACCCGACUGCUCUUCCGAAGGUCCAGAGUUCAAAUCCCAGCAACCACAUGGUGGCUCACAACCAUCCGUAACAAGAUCUGACUCCCUCUUCUGGUGUGUCUGAAGACAGCUACAGUGUACUUACAUAUAAUAAUAAAUAAAUCUUUAAAAAAAAAAAUAAAAUGUCUGGAAUCCCAGUCUCCUCAUGUCAGGUAACGGGAGUAGCAGCAGUAGUGUUAAGCUCACUGGGCGAAGGGAGGGCAAACCGUACUGAUAUACUUGUCACCUGGGAUACAGACGGGGCUUCUGUCAUCAUCCUAACGGGAACCAGACAGCACAAUAUGCCUCACAGACCGGCACCCCGAUGCCCUCCCCGAAUGCAACCUCAUGCCUAGACAUAAGUAAGUAGACAUACACAGAGAGAGAGAGAGAGAGAGAGAGAGAGAGAGAGAGAGAGAGAGAGAGAGAGAGGCUUUAGAAGCUCCAUUUUGGCCUUGGCCCCUCUUGGCACUGUGUUUCCCCACUGAGCUGCUAUGAUGUCCUAAGACACAGAUAGAAGCAGGGAUGGAAGAGACAGAAGAUGCUACAGGACCAGGCUCUCUACCACCACCGCCACAUCUCAUAUGGAAAUGAAAACUACAGGAUAUUCUCCGUUUGGGCCAUGCCCUUUGUGUCGUAGGGAGGUGUGUUUUUUUGUUUUUUGCUAGGCUGGGAGUAAAUAUGCUCCACAGCUUGUUGGCUUGACUUAUAGCUUUUAAUUAUGUAAAUAAGUAGGCAUCCUCUCAGAUCCCGUAGAUACCAGUGGAGACCCUCCUUGUCCAGCAGUAGCCACCUGGACCUCUGAGGCCAGUGCCAGUUUCAGUGAUGGCCUUCAUAAUUGUAUUUAGGAAACCAGUGUCAUGGAUCUUUUUAACUAUUCAAAGUGUUAUUUAUUCAUAUUGGUUCAAAGGCUGGAGAGACAGCUCACUCCACAAAAUGCUGCCAUGUGAACGUGAAGACCUGAGUUUGAACCCCAGAACCUAUGUUUUUUUGGGCUUUUUGUUUGUUUGCUUGUUUGUUUGUUUGUUUGUUUGCUUGCUUGCGUUUUUGUUUUGUUUUGUUUUGUUUUGUUUUGUUUUGUUUUUUCGAGACAGGGUUUCUCUGUGUAGCCCUGGCUGUCCUGAAACUCACUCUGUAGACCAGGCUGGCCUCGAACUCAGAAAUUCGCCUGCCUCUGCCUCCCAAGUGCUGGAAUUAAAGGUGUGCGCCAUCACGCCCGGCACUUGCUCGUUUUUAAAGGCCGGUGUGGUGACACAUGCCUGUAAUCCCAGCACUGAGAAAGCAGGGAUGAAUGGGUCCCUGAAACCUCGUGGCCAGCCAGCCUGGCCUACUCUGUGAGCCUCAGGUUUAGUGAGAGACCUUGUCUCAGAAAACAAAGCGGACAGCUCCUGACUAUGGACAGCUGAGGUUGUCUUCUGCCCUGCACACACCCUCCCCCUCAAAAGGAAACACAGCAACAAAGAAAAAAAAAUGCAGUGAGUCUAGCAUAGAGGUCUUCUCUCUGUGAGUUGUCACCUGGAUUCAAAGUCUCUCUCAAAUCCCAUCACCCACUCCAAUUCUUAAUGACAUUUACCACUUGGGACAGAUGCUUUGUCCUCCCUCAUUAGAUGAAGGCCACCUGCCUAGCCAUAUUGUCCUUUCCUCUUGCACAGCAGCCAGGGACAGAGUCCCAACACAGUGGGUGUACCAUAAGUAUUUGUGGAAUGACAGGCAGAGUGUAUUACAAACUGAUCCAUACUCCUCAGGCCUGUGUUGAUUUUUCUGGAACUGCCCUGUUGUUCAUCCCCUCCCGAGUAAACAGAUUCAGACCCUCAAGAAAAUCGGGCAGCCAAGCCCUUAACAAGCCAAGAAAGCCAGCCUUCAUUUUGAUUAUCUUUGGGCUAAGUUUGCUUGGGAAUUUGUAUCUGUAGAAAAAAAAAGUCUUAGCGUUCACCGCUGUGAGGCAAAUUUUUUGCAUUCAUUUAUUCUUUCGGUGGUUUGGCCCCAUAAAGCAAGGCUGGCCUGAGGGGAAAGCUGCCUGAAAGAAUCCAAGUUUGUCUUUAGUGGUAGAAAUUAAACAACUUCUCCAGGCCGUGCCCUCAAACUUCAGCCCCGUUUACUAUUGAAAAUUGUGUCUCAAGGGGUACAGAGAGGCGUGGGAUAAUGGGGACUGAAAAAUGUUUGAGAUUUGGACAUUUUGUUUUCUUUUUCCCUUGGAGAAUAAUCUUUUGGGAAAAACUUGGAUGAAGACCCUUAGAACCAUACAGAUUUUUUUUUUUUUUUAGUUCAAUUCAAGCCCCAAGUCAUAGCUUGAUUCAUUUUUGUGAACAAUAGACAGAGAAGUGCCCACGGAGCAUCCAAAAGGCUGAAUGAACUGCAGGAACAGGAGGGCAGGGUCUGUCCGCUGAGUGUCCCAGGCUCUGCAUGGACUCCCCAGAAGUUCCCAGUCACUCGGGAAGCCUUCAGAUGGUGGCAGCUGAAACACCAGGCCCUGUGUAGGUGUCCAGAGAAAGUCUCUGAAAACUUCCAAGAGAUGUCCAAUGUCUCCCUGAGACUCUUCUCUCAGGGUCUGCAUCAAAUUACAGGACUGUCUCGUUCCUCUGUCUCCAAGACUGCUAAGUCGCAGCCACUGGACCUAAGGCACGCUUGGAGGUCAGGCCCUGCAGACUCAGUGUCACUCAUUCAGGCCAAGCUGCCCCAGUCAUAAUGUGACAAUAGCAUAGGAACUGCUGAGGGGAGGGGGAGGUGACACAGUCAGUAAAGCUCUGGCUACAAAACCAUAAGGAGCUGGGUUCAAUCCCCUGCACCUGUGAUGGCAGCAUUGCGGCUGGGAGGAGGGUAGGAAUAAGAAGGUCUUGAGCCUUGCUGGCCAGGCUCUGCAGCCCAGUUGUCCAUCCCUGUUCACUGAGACACUCCGUCUCAAAAAGAUAAGGUGAUACUCAGAGCUGCCACUUCCGUUUUACUGAUAACGGACUAGAAUAUUUGUUUGUUUGUAUGUUGUGUCUGUCAUGUGUGCAUCACACAUACAUAGCUCCCCUGAAACUAGAGCUACAGACAGUUGUGAGCUACUGUGUGGAUGCUGGAAAUCCAACCCGGGUUCUCUAGAAGAGCAGCCAAUGCUUGUCUCUCCAGCCCUGAUGGACUAGAAUUUAAACAAAAGAAAUACUGAUGUUUUAAAUUCAUCAUUUAAGGAGACCCUGUGACUAGGCAUGUUGUCUUUAAUAACAGAAGUAGGGGCAGGCGGAUCUCUGUGAAUUUGGGGCCAGCCUGGUCUUCACAAGUUGUUCCAUACCAGUCUGGGCUACACAGUGAGACCCUGUCUCUAAAACAACACACUUCUUGAUGUGAGGGUGGGGCAUUGAGCUGAGAGCUGACCAUUUAUUGACACCCAUGUGAAAGAUGUUUCAGUGAUCUUAAUGAACACGUGCUAAGGAUUUUCGAAGCGCCAAACUUCCCUUCCCUUCAGGGAGCUCAGUGUGGCCCCAGUCCCUUCUGUAUCAGACUGGUGACGUGCAACCCCAAAGAGAUGCUCAACUCUCCUCUGAGGAUGAGUUCCAAGGAGCUGCCAGGAUAUUCCUACAGUGCUAAGCAUUUGCUCUCCUGCGGCACUGUGUCUACUCAUGACAGGACUUGUGCACCUCCUCUGGGACCCUACCUGUCAGUAGCCUUUGUGCCAUUUCUAACAGUAAUCUCUUUGGGGUAUCAGAAGGGAUGCUAAAGAAUUAGUGUAGUUAUUUACUGCUUCCAGAAUGGUUGCUUGUAUGUGAAUAUGUGGUAUGUCAAAGUCCAAGUUAGCAAAAGUAUUUCCAGUGAUAUUAAUAAAAUACUUUAAUUUCCUACAGCCCAUCAUACAAAUAAACUCUUCUGGCCCGUAUCUAGGUAAACCUCUAACUCCACACCUCUGAGGAACAUGGUGGCACACACAUUUAAUCCCAACACUUGGGAGGUAGAGGCAGGAGGACUUCUGAGUUGAAGCUAACAUGUGUCUACAUACUGAAUUCCAGAACAGUCAGGGCUAUGUUGAAAGCUCCCUCCACCCCACUCCCCAAAAGAGCAAAGAAAGGGCAUUUUUGGGUGGAGUUUCGGUUAUCAACCACGUGAGCUCUGGGAGCCACCUUGCGGAAGAUCUGCUGUCAGCAGUUCCCUGGAUGCUGACGUGGAAGAGUGCUCCGUGAAGUGGCCGUUGUGGACAGUUCUGCCAGCACUUGUGUGUCUUGACAGAGGUUGUCAGGACAGGAAGGCAUGCUUUAACUAUAACCCAAAGCCAGCCUAAGCUACAAGAGUAGUGGAAGUAGAUAGUGUCACAGCCAAAAAGAACAGGAUGUAGGCUUUAGGGCUUCCUCUCCUGAGGAAUUCCCUCUAGUCCCUGGGGCUCUGACAAGCCAAGUGGAAUAAGGGGGAAAGCGCUUGCAGGGCGCAGAGGCUGCCAGCUUGGAAGUAAGAGCCUCUGGACCAAGGUAAAAGAGGAGGUGGCUCUCAGAGUCUUAUUAAGGACUUGUUAAAGAUCUGGGAUUGAAGUCUCCCAGGAAGACUUGUGAUCAGGAUAAUGCCAAAAAGAAAGAGAUCCAGCCACGUGGAAGAAUGAACCAUGAUCUAAUUAGGGACUCCUGAGAACCACAGGAUCUAUUGAGAAACCUGGAAGUCAUCGGAGAACGGAAGUGUGGGCUGUGGUUGGUGCCUAGUGCCAUCUCUCCGUCGUACAUCUGAUUACUGUGGGAUACUAUGCAGAGACUGCAGGAGCAACUAUGCCAAAGUACCUACAGAUGAAAUGGCCCCUCCUCGAUGUCCCCUCCAGUGCUACAGUCAAGGACACAAGGUCGCCAUCUCCAGCACACUUGUAUGGGGAUCCUGCCCGUUGGAUGGUGCCUCCCACAUUCAGGUCCAACAAAGUUCCUGUUGUUCAGCACCCUCAUCACAUGCACCCGCUGACACCUCUCAUCACCUACAGCAACGACCACUUCUCCCCUGCGUCCCCUCCCACGCAUCUGUCCCCAGAGAUCGACCCAAAGACAGGAAUCCCCCGGCCCCCUCAUCCAUCUGAGCUGUCACCGUAUUACCCACUGUCUCCAGGAGCUGUCGGACAAAUCCCCCAUCCCCUCGGCUGGCUCGUCCCACAGCAAGGGCAGCCCAUGUACUCUCUCCCUCCGGGUGGUUUCCGGCAUCCUUACCCUGCCCUCGCCAUGAACGCUUCAAUGUCCAGCCUGGUCUCAAGCCGGUUCCCACACAUGGUGGCUCCUGCCCAUCCUGGUCUGCCCACCUCAGGAAUCCCCCACCCUGCCAUCGUCUCCCCCAUUGUGAAGCAGGAGCCAGCAGCCCCCAGCCUGAGCCCUGCAGUGAGUGCGAAAUCCCCAGUUACGGUGAAGAAGGAAGAGGAGAAGAAACCUCACGUGAAAAAGCCCCUGAAUGCCUUCAUGUUGUAUAUGAAGGAGAUGAGGGCCAAGGUGGUGGCCGAGUGUACCCUGAAGGAAAGUGCAGCCAUUAACCAAAUCCUGGGAAGAAAGUGGCACAACCUGUCAAGAGAAGAACAGGCCAAAUACUAUGAGCUUGCCCGGAAAGAACGGCAGCUUCACGCGCAGCUCUACCCAACCUGGUCAGCCCGGGACAACUAUGGGAAGAAGAAGAAGAGGAAGAGAGAAAAGCAGCUGUCACAGACACAGUCUCAGCAGCAAAUCCAAGAGGCAGAGGGUGCUCUGGCCUCUAAGAGCAAGAAGCCAUGCAUUCAGUACCUGCCCCCUGAGAAGCCUUGUGAUAGCCCUGCGUCUUCCCAUGGCAGCACGCUGGACUCCCCUGCGACGCCCUCCGCAGCCUUGGCCUCACCAGCUGCCCCUGCGGCUACCCACUCCGAGCAAGCGCAGCCCCUGUCGCUCACCACCAAACCGGAGGCCCGGGCCCAGCUGGCUCUCCACUCCGCUGCCUUCCUGUCGGCUAAGGCGGCCGCCAGCAACUCCAGCCAGAUGGGCAGCCAGCCCCCACUCCUAUCCAGGCCCUUGCCCUUGGGCUCUAUGCCCGCCGCUCUGCUGACCUCUCCCCCUACUUUCCCAGCUACGCUCCAUGCCCACCAGGCCCUCCCCGUGCUACAGGCCCAGCCUCUUUCCUUGGUCACCAAGUCUGCCCACUAAGCUGCCCCCGGUUCUAUGCAGGCUGUCUCGGGACUCCAAGUAGUAAUGAUUCAGAGGAGAGGAAGGGGGAAACACAAAGGAAGCAUUAUUGGUCAAUAUUUGACCACUCUGGACUGUUCUGUAAAGUGACUGGUAACAGCAGUGCCUUACCACUGUAGAUAUAACCAGUAGCUGAUCUUCAGGCUUUUUUAAAAAAAAAAAAAAAAAAAAAAAGGAGAAAACAUAAACAAAACAAAGCCUGCCCCUCUCCCCUCCCCAAAAAAAACCAUCCUUCACAAGAAAGCACUGAAAAGCAGUGUGUUGCUCCCUCCCCUUGCGCUGUGGUGGGUAUACCUGGGCGGGAGAUAUCUCUCUACCUCUUCUCUUCCUGACUCUCUGCCCUCCUUUCCGUCGUCGCUGCCAGCCCCACUUGCCCUAGCUCCCCCACCGUAUCAGCAACAUGACCAGGCCUGGAGUUCUAGCCUGACACCCUUCUCUCCAGGUCAGUCCUGUUGCCCUCGCCCAAAUGUUUGUCCUGUGUUCAGCGCCAGUUCAACCCCCUCUGUCCUCUGCCCAGUGUAAGGUUGUGGCCACGUGUGACCAUAGUUUCCCACCAUCAUCCCCUCUCCCUCUUCGGGCCCCAAUGGCCUGGACUCCAGCUUGGGGUGGGGUCCUUCUGAAAUGGUCCCCCCCCCUGCAUUUAAAGGGACUCAAGGUGCCUACCACUGCCUUCAAGAAGUCUGUUCCUCUCUGCUGCCCAGUCACGUUUUCUUUCCCGCCUCGCAGUAUCAGAGUGGCAGGCAGGCCCCAGUCCCCGAUGUCUGGCUCCUGUCACCUCCAUCUGUGCUAGUACAAUCCGCAGAAGCUCCAAGACCCUCUGCCCCUUCCCCCACCACCACCUCACAAGCUUUUUCUGUGUGUAUUUCAUUUUGUUUUUAUGGUUUUUGGAACAAUUUAAACUCCCAGUUUAUUUUCACAAGAGAAAAUAAAAUUACAGUUGCAAGAC